AUGGCUGCUCCCCGCAAAUGUACUGGCGUGGAGUGCCCCAACGACGCGGGCUCUUUGCAAUGUCCCACCUGUCUGAAAAUGGGCAUCGACAGUUUCUUUUGCUCGCAGGACUGUUUCAAGCGGAGCUGGGGCGAGCACAAGACCAUCCACAAGAAGAGUAAUCUCCUCACCAACCUCUUCCCUCCGAAAGUAGUUUCUGAACCUGAUCCAGCAACGGGUACCUUCAACCCUUUUCCGGCCUAUCCCUUCACCGGCUCUCUGCGACCCCUCUAUCCGCUCUCACCCAUGCGAACGAUCCCCAAGACGAUCCCCCAUCCGGACUACGCCCGCGACGGCAUUCCCCGCUCCGAGCAGAAGCUCAUCGGCCGCCACAACAUUAAACUUCUGAACAAGGAGGAGCAGGAGGGCAUGCGCAAAGUGUGCCGCCUUGCCCGUGAGGUCCUGGACAUUGCUGCUCGUGCACUGAAGCCCGGCGUGACCACUGAUCAAAUUGAUGAGAUCGUCCACAAGGCGUGUAUCGAACGCGAGUCGUACCCUUCUCCCCUUAACUACAUGCACUUCCCAAAGUCCGUCUGCACCUCCAUCAACGAAUCUAUCUGUCACGGUAUUCCCGAUCAACGGCCGCUAGAGGACGGUGACAUCAUCAACAUCGAUGUCACUCUGUAUCACAAGGGCUUCCAUGGCGAUAUCAACGAGACAUAUUACGUUGGCGACAAGGCGCUCGCCAACCCCGACGCCGUGCGGGUGGUGGAAACCGCGCGAGAGUGUCUGGAUAAGUCGAUCGAGCUAGUGAAGCCUGGCAUGCUAUUCCGUGAUCCUGGAAAUGUGAUCGAGAAGCACGCCAAGUCCCGCAACUGCAGCGUCGUCAAAACGUACUGUGGUCACGGCAUUAAUCAACUCUUCCACUGCGCCCCUAACGUCCCUCACUAUGGCAAGAACAAGGCCGUCGGCACCGCAAAGCCCGGCAUGUGCUUCACUAUUGAGCCCAUGAUCAAUAUCGGCACCCAUCGUGACCGCACAUGGCCCGAUGACUGGACAAGUACCACCCAGGAUGGAUCUUUGUCAGCCCAAUUCGAGCACACCAUGCUCGUGACUGAAGAUGGUGUCGAGGUUCUGACGGCCCGUCUGCCAGACUCGCCAGGCGGCCCGGUCCCGAUCCCCGGAGCUGAGCAGAAAGAGAACGGAAAUUGA